AUGCCUAAACCACCACCAGAUUAUCAUCUCGAUCUAACAGAAUAUCAAAGAUUAUAUGAUUUUAUAAAAAACAAAAUUUUAGAUAAAAAAGUUUUGACAAGUUUAUUUAAGGAAACUACUAGCGGAUUCGGAAUGUUUCUUGAUAAAGAUCAUAAAAAAGUCAGAGAGUUAGGAACUAAAACAUUAAGUGAUAUAACAAAUAUUCCUUCCAAGAUACCUGAUCUUUCAUCUGAAGCAUACGACUUUUUACAAAAUUUGGAUAAUGAACUCAAAGGCCAUUAUAAUAAAAGCGAUCCCGUGGUGAACAUAACCAGGAGCAAAUAUUUUUUUAUCGAUGCAAAAAUUGACGAAUUAACCUAUCUAAAUUAUCCUUUUAUGAGAGUAUUUGUUCUUAAUAAAUAUCCUUUAAAUUAUCUAAAGUUUUUCAUAGCUCAGUUUUUCAAAUUAGGCACCAAUGUUAAACAAACGUUUAAAGUUUUAUAUAAUGUUGAUAAAGAUAAGGUAAAUGGUAUUUCUGUUAAUGCAAUCAAGGCUGUCAUUUUGACCUCAAAACAAUAA